CAGCUUCCCGUUUUCGGCCGCGCGCUCUGCGUCCUCUGUGGUACGUUGGCGUGGGGUGGGAGAAAAAAAAGAAAAGAAAAAAAAGAGGAAGGAGGAAUAUGGUUUCAUGUGACGCUCCUCCCGCUGUAGCGGAUCUCUGGUAGAGGCUGGGGGGGAAGAAGGAGGCUGCGUGGAUCGGUGCUCAACAAAGCCGCGAGAAUACCUGAACCGAUCGCCUUCCACGGUACCGAGCGGACGUAUAGAGGAGCACCGAGGAGACAUAAAUGGUGGAGGCCGUGGUGGAGUUCGACUAUGAGGCCCAGCAGGACGACGAGUUGAGCCUGAACGUGGGCGACGUCGUCGUGAACAUACGGCGAGACGACGGAGGAUGGUGGGAGGGCGAGCUGGGCGGCCGGCGGGGGCUGUUCCCCGACAACUUUGUGCGGGAGAUAAAGAAGGAGGCCAAGAGGGACGGAGGACAGGCGAGCACGGUCAAAUCGGACCUCUCCAACGGCCGGGCAAGUCCUGUGUCCGAGCCCAGCACGAGAUCGGGCAAGAAAGGGGAGCAGAUCCGUAAGCGGCGGUGCAAAGCGGCGUUCAGCUACGUGCCUCAGCAUGAAGACGAGCUGGAACUGAAAAUAGGGGACGUCAUUGACAUCGUAGCGGAGGUGGAGGAGGGCUGGUGGGAGGGAGUCCUCGGCGGCAAGAGCGGAAUGUUCCCCUCCAACUUCACCAAAGAGAUCCUGCUGGACUUGGACGGGCACUCCGGGGACACCUCGCAGGAGGACCUUCGCAGCCGCACCAGUAAAAACAGUCCUGGCAGUGAAAGCGAUGGAGGGGACAGUCUGAAGUCGGAAACUGGCUCAGUGGAAAUCCAGCCCAAAAAGGUCCGAGGUUUCGGGUUCGGGGACAUCUUCAAAGACCAGCCCAUCAAGCUUCGCCCUCGCUCCGUGGACGCCGACUCUGAGGGAGACAAGGUCGUUGAGGGCAAAACGGCGAGUGCAAGUGCCGACAACAUGAAGGGUGAUUCCGACGGCAGAGGAAAAGGAGCAGAGCUGUGCAAAGUCCUCUUUCCGUACGAGGCGCAGAACGAGGAUGAGCUGACAAUCAAAGAGGGCGAAAUCGUCGCCAUAGUCACCAAGGACUGUGCUGACACCGGCUGGUGGAUGGGGGAGAUCGGAGGAAGGCAGGGAGUCUUCCCGGAUAACUUUGUCAAGCUGCUGGAAGCCGAGAAAAAGAGACCAAAGAAGCCGCCUCCUCCCAGCGCCCCGUCGGCCAAACACACAGCAGACAAAAAGUCGGAUGUUAAGAAGGUUCCACCAGAGCGGCCCGAGCAGCUGCCGCAGAGAGACCAGGAUCGAGGUGAGGAGGUGAACGUGGGCGACCUCCCCAAGCCGUCCCUCCCGUCCGUCCUUCCCAAGAAACCCUUCCUUACAAAGACAAGCUCCUCCUCUUCCUCCUCACAACCCCCAAGGCGCCCCGAGAGACCGCCCACUUUGGCGUGUGAAAGCCCCAAGUCUGAGGGCGGGGCUUCCACGCCUGACUCCGCCCUUGACAGGUCACAUGACACCGAUCUAGACCUGGACGCCGUGGUGCCGUCGGCGGAGAAGCUCAGUCACCCGACGGCGACCCGGCCCAGGGUCACGGACCGCCGGCCUCGCUCACAGAUCAUCACAUCGUUGUCGCUGUCCAGCGUCGACGUGGACCACCCGGCGCCGGAAGACAGGAAAGAGAGGGAUCGAAACAAGGAGGCUCAAGAACCCGUCCAGUUUGCCAGGAAAGGACUUCCUGCCAUUUCUGUACCUGAGGGUAAAGCGCCCCUGGCCGCCAAGUCCUCCUCGUCCCUCAACCCGCCAAACUGCGGCGGCCAUCGUCCCGCCUCUCCGUCUUCCUCCUCGGGUCUGAGCCCCUCCCCCGAGCUGCGGAACUCGCCCGUGACUCCGCCCACGCUGGAAGACCUCAGGAACCAGGUGCGCGAGCUGAGGACCUCUGUGGAGCUGCUGAAGAGCCAACACAGGCAGGAGAUGAAGCAGCUGACCAACACGCUAGAUGAGGAGAAGAAGAUUCGCCUCGGUUUACAGAUGGAAGUGGAGCACAUAAAGAAGAAAAUGUCCAAAUGAGCCGUGGACGAGACGCCCUCGCCAAGACAUUUGUGCCAAAUGAUGGUCGCCGAUGGACAUCAGCAGCGUCAUAGACUCAUGCAUCCUGCGCACACCCCCCCUCCCCUCCCCUCCCCGACCCCAGCCAACAUGAUGUCGCCUCGCCUUGUGUUUACCGUCAUUUCUAACGAGCCUUCUCUUUUGGGUUUAAUGAUGUCCGGCGCCGUGGGUACCGGCGGGUGUGUGGCCGGUGAGUUGCCGUGGCAACAGAAGGCAGCGACGACGACGUCGACUAAUGUGAAGUGGGCGUGAUGGCCCAUCGGAACCUCCCGCAGGUCGGUCGGUCGGUCGGUCGGUCGGUGUCCAUGCCGCGGCCUUCUUGCCUCUUUACUAUUUUAUGUGUGUGUGUGUGCGAGUGUGUGCGUGAGACGCUCAAUUUUGACGAGAGGCACAUUUUAGCCAAGUGCAGGUUCAGGUUUGAUGGCACAUCGCUAAAGCUGGGGUUGUAUCCGGCAUUUUUCAAUUUGCUCCUUUCAGUGCUGCUAAAUUGAAGAAUCGACCGACUCCAUCUUUGAGCGUAAAUAACUUUGUUACAGCACAAUCUCUGAAGGUACAGUUUGUAGGGGGGCCAAUCCAGCAGGGGGCAGCACAGCAUGAUACAUACAUGCACACGAUGGCAAUCAGUCAGUCCUCAAAUUAAUUUGCUAUAUUUUUAACGUCAGAAAAGUGUGAACAAUAUGUAAUAAAUAUAACAUUCAGGACCGAAAAAAGGCACAAUAGCCACGUUCAAACAGUCCGACAACUGCUGUAUAUUCCGUGAAAAAGUGCCAAAUAGUGUCCACGACUGGUACAGUACCGUAUUUUUCGGAGUAUAAGUCGCACCGGAGUAUAAGUCGCACCUGCCAAAAAUGCAUAAUAAAGAAGUAAAAAAACAUAUAUAAGUCGCAUUUUUUGGGGAAAUUUAUUUGAUAAAACCCAACACCGAGAAUAGACAUUUGAAAGGCAAUUUAAAAUAAAUAAAGAAUAGUGAACAACAGGCUGAAAAAGUGUACGUUAUAUGAGGCAUAAAUAACAAACUGAGAACGUGCCUGGUAUGUUAACGUAACAUAUUAUGGUAAGAGUCAUUCAAAUAACUAUAACAUAUAGAACAUGCUAUACGUUUACCAAACAAUCUGUCACUCCUAAUCGCUAAAUCCCAUGAAAUCUUAUACAUCUAGUCCAGGGGUCGGCAACCCAAAAUGUUGAAAGAGCCAUAUUGGACCAAAAAUACAAAAACAAAUCUGUCUGGAGCCGCAAAAAAUUAAAAGCCAUAUUACAUACAGAUAGUGUGUCAUGAGAUAUAAAUUGAAUUAAGAGGACUUAAAGGAAACUAAAUAACCUCAAAUAUAGCUACAAUUGAGGCAUAAUGAUGCAAUAUGUACAUAUAGCUAGCCUAAAUAGCAUGUUAGCAUCGAUUAGCUUGCAGUCAUGCAGUGACCAAAUAGCACUCCAGACAAGUCAAUAACAUCAACAAAACUCACCUUUCAUGCUCGACGUUAAAAGUUUGGUGGACAAAAUGAGACAGAAAAAGAAGUGGCAUAAAACACGUCCUAGAAAGUCGGAGAAAGUUAUACAUGUAAACAAACUACGGUGAGUUCAAGGACCGCCAAAAUUAGUAGGACAAAACGGCGCUCGCCAAAUACUCGAAUCAGUGAAGCAUGUUUAAUAUAAACAGUGUGCUUUGUAACAAUUAGGGAGGCUUGCGUCAUGUUUGUCCUCCUACAGAAACCAUAUUAAAACAAAAAAUAGAUUUUUUUUCCCCUCAUCUUUUUCCAGUUUUCAUAAAUUUUUUAAAAAGCGCCAGAGAGCCACUAGGGCGGCGCUAAAGAGCCGCAUGCGGCUCUAGAGCCGCGGGUUGCCGACCCCUGGUCUAGUCUCUUACGUGAAUGAGCUAAAUAAUAUUAUUUGAUAUUUUACGGUAAUGUGUUAAUAAUUUCACACAUAAGCCGCUCCUGAGUAUAAGUCGCACACUAUGAAAAAAACUGCGACUUAUAGUCCGGAAAAUACGGUAAUCUUUGUUUACCCUGGAGGACCUUUCAAAAUAAAAAGUUACACUCAAUAAUGACUUAGAUUUAUAUAGCGCUUUUAUAGACACUCAAAGCGCUUCACAGAGAAGUGAGAAGCCAUCAUUCAUUCACACCUGGUGGUGGUAAGCUAUUUUCAUAGCCACAGCUGCCCUGGGGUAGACUGACAGAAGCGUGGCUGCCAAUUUGCGCCUACGGCCCCUCCGACCACCACCUAUCAUUCAUCAUUCAUUCACCGGUGUGAGUGGCACCGGGGGCAAGGGUGAAGUGUCCUGCCCAAGGACACAACGUCAGCGAUUUUGGAUAGUAAGAGGCGGGGAGCUAACCUGCAACCCUCAGGUUUCUGGCACGGUUGCUCUACCCACUACGCCAUACCGCCCCAGCACCCUUAGAUACCAAAAUGGUCCCUCUCAUUGAAGACAUGUUUUUUUUCCACAAUUUCCGACCUCACCAUAUUUUUAGUAUUUUUCUAAUAUUUUUCGAAGGAAAAAAAAUCGAUUUGGGAUGAGUUAAUAAAGCUAAGACAAAUAUUGAUAACUUUGUUUACACUUUUUACCCUUACGACCCAAACUGGUCCCUGUCGUAAAAGUCUAUUGGUAUGCAUUUUGAAUACAACCUUUUUUCCGUUAUUCGCAAGGUAGAGGCUUAGAUUAAUAAGGUAUUUUUAUUUUAUUAAUGUUUGUUCACGAGAAAUGUCAGGAUAUCAAACAUGUGUGUUAUGAUUGAAGUCAAUAGACGUUCAAUAGAGGUUGUGUUGUGUUCAUAAUAAAAAGCAAAGUGUCAAACAAUUCCAUAAAUAGAGAAUCACAUGAGUGGUCUUUCAUAAAGGUGCCUCGAGGGUUAACAGUAUUUUUAGCACGAGCACAUCUUAGGAAAAUAUAUAACUUUGUUUCUAAUUGUCUAUUUGCCUUCAUAUACACACACACUUUUCAAUUUCAAUUUAAAAUGCACUUUUUAAGCCCCCACAAGUCAAUGACAGGAUGUUUGUUUAGCAUGUGAUGUUAAAGCAACAGGUUUGAAGGAAUGUAGUCGUUAAAGGUGUGUGUGUGUGUGUGUGUGUGUGUGUGUGUGUGUGCGCGCUAGCAUGCACGGCUUCCUCCGCUCUAUACUAUUACGUAUGUGCACAGAAUCUAUGGCAACACAACACUGUGGCCUUCCUCUUUUUUUACUUUCUUUCUGUCACACAACAAAGAAAACAAGGUUGCAACUUGUUUUUCUUGACGUUCGGUCCUCUCUUUUCUCCAGGAUAGCGAUUAUAAAACAAGAAGAUAUAUAUUCUUUUAUAUUUCAAUGUUAAUAAAGAUGCUAUUAUGUA